AUGGAAUCAUCGGAACAAGAAGAAGAAGAACAAAAAGAACUGGUCCGAGUGGACUCUGAAGACGUGCUGAAACUGGUCUUCCAAUUUCUCUCGGAGCAAAACUUAUAUAAAACGGCGAAAACUUUAUUGCAGGAAACCGAUAUGGACGUGGACUUUGUGACCGAGAAAUCGGUGUCGAAAUUGACGACAUCGAUUCUCGCCGGCGAGUGGGAAUUCGUUUUGGACCAUUUUUAUAACAAAAACAUAAUAUCGGUUUCUGAGAACGUUUUGGAGAAGAUAUUGACGCAAAUCGCGUUGGAAAUGAUCGAAAUAAGGGACGUGGAAGUCGCGAAAGCGAUAUUACGGGAAACAGAAACCAUGAAACGAUGUAAAGAUAAGAGUAAAAUGAGACGGUUGGAAGCGUUGGCUGGGAUGCCAAAGUUACCAGGGGAGAUUUUGAUGUCGUUAUACGUGGACGAGAAAGACGCUGGGAAGUUGGAGAAAGACGAUAACGCCAUGAAAGGUGCUUCCAUGGAGGAGAUUAAAGAAAAAGUGACGAAAAUGAAACUCAAACGUAGAAAAGCUAUAGCGGAAGACGUGCAAAGCGCUUUGCGGUCGGUGAAACCAAACGUGUUGAUGAAUUUAUUAGGGGAUGCGUUUAAAUGGCGAAGACACUGCGGGUUUGUCUCGGAGAGCAUGUUAAGUAGCAACGACAACUCUAGUUUUGAUGUGUUUUUAGACCGAUCGAACUUGAAGGAUAUCUUUAGCCAUUCAUCCGCGGGAGGCAAGAAGCGUAAAAAUAGAGACGCCGAAGGAGGCGAGAAUAAUAACAACAAAUACGAUUAUAAAAACGUCAACGACGAUUACGUUCGAGCCGAGAAACGUUCGAUUGGUAAAUUUGGUAAGAAGUCAGUAGUCAAUUGCCUUGCGAUAUCUCCCGAUGGGUUAUCUGUGGCCACGGGUACCGCGGACGGGUUCGUCGAGCUGUGGAAAUUUUCCAACGGAAAAUUACGAACCGAUUUGAAGUACCAAAACGACGAUGAACUUUUAUUACACGAAAACGGAAAGGUUACCGCGUUAGCGUUCUCGCCCGAUUUUGAGACCUUGGCGUCGGCGGAUUCAACCGGGGUGAUUAAGGUAUGGAGAAUACAAACGGGGAGGUGCGUGCGUACUUACCCAUCCGCUCACCACGGCGCAAUCACAAAGAUGGAAUUCUCCGCCGACGGCAACGGAUUACUCACCUCUGGGUUCGACGGUAUGGCUCGAUUGCACGGUUUGAAAUCUGGCAAGACGUUGAAAGAAUACGUAAACCCGACGGUUUCAUCUGGUGGUAUCACGGAACAGUGCGAGUGCGCUAUAUUUUGUGGCACGGACAAAGAGUUCAUCUUGGCAGCGUAUUCGAACGGCUUGGUCUUGUUGUUUGACGCGAAAACCGCAGAGAUUCUCAAAGAGCACAAACAUCCGCUCCUGACAAAAAAGAGCGGCGACGAUAAAAGCAGUGACGAUGCAUCAAAAGAAGCGCACGUCUCUGAGUUCGUCGUCAAAGACAUGUGCCGAGACCCUUUAUCGUUUGACAAGGUAUUUCUUUGCGGAGGCGCCAUGAAGUUGGUUUCCUUCGACGCGAAAACGGGGAAGAUUGAACGCACGUUCAACGCGCCAACCACCUCUAUACCGUCCGAAAUCAUAGCCAACACCGCGUAUAUCUCCGUCUCCGUCUCUCGAAAAGGUGAAUACAUCUACGCUGCCAACGAAUGCAACGCGAUAGUUCGAUGCUGGAGAGUCAACGACGCCAAGUUUGUUUGCGAAACCGACGCGAGAGGCGACGUCGCGGAAGGAGACAAAGAUACUUCACACUGCCUCGCCUGCGAGACGCACCCGCAAGGUAACGCCAUCGUCACUCUGUCGAGUCCAAACAUUUGUAAACUUUUCACCGCGUGA